AUGAGGCAGGUGUCACCAGAAAGCCCCGACAUCUUCGAUUUUAUCAUGGAUCUCUACCAUGCCUGUGAUGGGAAAUGGGACACCUUGGUAGCGCAGUGCAACAUCACGCCUGAAGAGCUGACUUUAUUUCUCGAGUAUGCUGCCACGUUCCUUUGCAACUUGGGCAAUUCUUAUAAGUUCGUCCCUGACCUGUCAGCAGAAGCUCUCGGGAAGCUCGCUGGAGUUUCCCCAAAGACGAAAGCUGGGCUGGACAAGAUCAUCGAUCCUUUGUUGGCAGUUCCGCCGUUCAGCCUCGGAUACCCUGGCAAGAAUACACAGUCGGGCUACUACCCUACCGAGGAACCCAUCACCAGGGAUGACAUCGCCAAAGUCUCGGACAUCAUGAACAAAAAGUCAAUCGGCCCAGAGAAUACCCGCGUUCGAAAGGUGCUCAAGGAUGGCAAGCCUGUGUUGCAGCUGUUGCAAGCAUCUGCAGAAACUCAUCUACCCAAGAAUGGCGACAACGAACUAGCAGAUGGCGUCUUCCUUGUCCGAGGAGAUCACUCAGAGGAAUUGGCCAAGAUCUGCUCUGAUUUAGAAAUGGCAAAGCAGUAUGCAGGGAAUGAUAAACAGACCGAGUUCUUGACACAUUACAUCGAAUGCUUUCGCACUGGCAGCCUAGAAGCCUUCCAGGAAUCGCAAAAGGCUUGGGUGACGGAUGUAUCAGCCAGAGUCGAGAACAUACUUGGCUUCAUCGAGCCUUACCGCGACCCGGCUGGGAUCCGUUCUGAGUGGGAGGCUAUGAUAGGCAUUGCCGAUGCCGAUGAAAUCAAGAAAUUGAAAACCUUUGUCAAUAGCUCAGCUACAUUCAUUCGACAGCUGCCAUGGGCGGUCGAGGGCGUGAAUGAUGACAAAGGACCAUUUGAGAAGAGUCUAUUUGAGGCUCCAGACUUUACUAGUGUCCAUGCGCUGGCUGUGUGUGGCAGCAUCGUCUUCGAAGCUGCCAAUCUCCCGAAUUACGAAUACAUCCGAGAGACCCAUGGCUUUAAGAAUAUUGUCCUCGCGAAUCGCCUCAGCGUCAACAACAACCCUGACCUUCCCUGUUACUGGGUUGACUCAUCCGAGCUCAAGCUUUUCAAGGAAACGACGCACAUUGUGAGAUUUCUUGCCACUGCUAUUCACGAAUUGAUUGGCCAUGGCACAGGCAAGCUCCUCAGCGAGACUUCGCCAGGAACCUACAACUUUGACAAGCAGAAUCCUCCAUUUAGCCCUCUCACCAGAGAAGCCAUAACUUCGCACUAUCUACCCGGUCAGACGUGGGGAAGUGUGUUUGGGAAGCUGGCAGGAACAGUUGAAGAAUGUCGUGCAAUCUUGAUGUCGAUGUAUUUCAUGGACAAUAAGCAUCUGUUGAGCAUGUUUGGCUACUCUGACAGUAGUAGCAUCACAGCUGAAGACCGCCAAGUCCACCACCAGGCCUACUUCUCCAUUCUUAAACACCUCCUACAAGACGCGGACGGAGUCAUCUCCAUCGCGCAUAACCCCACGCAGCAAUCUCUCACAGUAAAUGUUGACCGGUCCAAAUUCCUUUCCUACGGUAAACAAACUCUGGGUUCAUAUCUCUGCAAGCUACACAUCUGGCGCUGCACCGCCGAUGUAUCCGCAUGCAGCAAGUUCUACGAGCCCUUGUGCGCAGUUGAGGGCGUGUAUGAAGAAUGGCGCAAGAUUGUUGUGUCGAAACCGAAGAUGAAGUGGAAGUUUGUGCAGCCAAAUACCUUUCUCACGGGUGAAAGUGUUCAAGUCAAGGUAUACGAGGAGACUAACGAGGGUAUUAUCCUGUCGUGGGCUGAGAGGGACAUCUGAAAGUUGGAGAAUUGGUGGACAUAGUGUACUAAAGAGGCAUAUUCGUAUUUCUAUCCCCCCUUGCCUUUUUAUGUAGGCUUCCUAUCAAACUGCUUACCGCCAGAAAAUCGGCACCCAUCUAUCAUAGGCAUCUUCGUUCCCAAAUUGCG